AUGAGAUUCAAAAAGAGCUCAUCGGAAAGCAGCGACGAGACACAGUUCCGCGAGAAGGACGAGUGGGAGUGGGCGCAGAAACUCGCGAGACGCCUCGAGCAAGUGUUGAAUGUGCAUCCCGAGAAGUACCAGAACGGCUUCAACAGCCAACGAGCCAGUCGGCAAUCGUCGCCGGACCAUGUGCCGGAGAGGAGCCGAAGCGCCGAUUAUGGUCGCGCCGUCGAGAUGGCCAACGGCGAUGAGGUCAAAGGGAUGCUGUUGUCGAACGGCGACGAGGUGAUGCGACAUCAGAGUCCGCAGCGCGGCACACCAAAUUCAAGCAUUGGACGCGGCGCGCCCGAAUCGAUCGUCACCAUCAAUGUGGCCGGCAUGCGAUUCCAAACGUUCGAGAGCACACUGGCGCGCUAUCCGAACUCGCUGCUCGGCGAUCCAACAAAACGCCGACAUUUCUAUAUACCGGAGACGAAUGAGUACUUUUUCGACCGUCAUCGUACCACCAACGCUGCGGUCUCCUACGAAACCCGGCAAUACUUAUUCGAGUCGAUCCUCUACAUCUAUCAAAGUAAUGGCCGUGUGAAACGGCCAGAAAUUGUGCCGAUCGACGUGUUUCUCCGAGAGAUGAGGUUUUACGAGAUGGGCGACGAGCUGCUCGAAGAGUUUUGGAUAUCCGAAGGCUACGAGAAGCCGAAAGAAGUGCUGAUGCCGAAGAACAAGACGCAAAGAAAAAUCUGGGAGCUCAUGGAGUUCCCCGACAGCUCGCUGUCGGCGCGAAUCGUCGCGUUCAUCUCCAUAUUUGUCAUCGCGCUCUCGAUUAUAUCGUUCUGCUGGGAAACGGUGCCGUCGGACAAUGAGAAGAACGCGACGGCGAUCUAUUUGGAGGACGCCGAGCCGAAAACCUACACACCGUUUUUCUGGAUUGAGCUCUCGUGCAUUCUGUGGUUCACUCUAGAAUUGACACUCCGAUUCAUCUCAUGCCCAUGUAAGGUGUCAUUUUGCACCUCACUUCUCAAUAUUAUCGAUUUUGUCGCAAUCGCGCCGUUCUUCGUCAACUUCUUCUUGGCCGACACUAAUAAGUCGAACUCGUCGAUGUCAUUCGCGGUGCUUCGCGUGCUUCGACUUGUUCGCGUUUUUCGCGUCUUCAAACUGAGUCGACAUUCCGUCGGCCUUCAGAUUCUUGGCAAAACGUUCCGCUCGUCGAUUCAAGAAUUCUGCCUGCUCAUAUUCUUCUUGGCCAUCGCCAAUGUUCUGUUCGCGUCCGGCAUGUAUUUUGCCGAGCAAGGAGAGCCGAACUCAAAGUUCACCUCAAUUCCGGCGAGCUUCUGGUUUGUGCUGGUCACUAUGACAACUGUUGGCUACGGCGACCUUGUGCCGCUCAGCCCAUUCGGAAAACUCGUCGGCGGUUUGUGCGCGUUGAUAGGAGUGCUCACACUGGCUCUGCCAGUCCCAAUCAUUGUCGCCAAUUUCAAACACUUCUACCGGCAGGAGAACCGUCUCGCCUCAAUGAAAAACUCAUCGAAAGACGACGACGACGCCGCCUGA